AUGAAGCGCCGCCGGAUCACAGACCAAGUGCCAGUGCUCAAGUGCGUGCCAGAGGACGUGUCGACGAGUCUGGUGCCGUGCCGUGCGACCUCUUCCAAAAACUUGGUGAGCACCAACCCCUGCGUGCAGCUGCUGCUCUCCGGAGCGGCGGGCCUGAGGCAACUGACCAUCGACUCUCAGGGCAUCGUCUUCGAGGUCUACGACCACGGAUUUAUGCUGACAGAACUUCCUCGCGGAUGGCAGCCGAUUGUGAACUCGUCUGGACGGCUGGCACGGGUGGCCAAGGUGGCGCUCGACCCCAAUGGCACUGCGUACUUCCUGUCCGACACGGGGGAGUUGCUGAUGAUGGUGUCGGCGGUGCGGUACCUUGAGAGACCCGGCUGCCAGGAGGAGUUGAAGCUCGAGUUUGUGGAUAAGAAGCACAUCCCGUUCCACGCGCGGGCAGACCUCGACGAGCACUUCAGUCCCUCCACCUUUGCUCCUUCUCCCAGCGUACAGGACUCCGACGAUGAGGACGACGCGAUGGAGUGGGAGGAUCUGUGA